AAUAAUCCAACUGGGUCUCUGUUUUUGCAAUCUCAAACUCUGCUUUUUCACCCAAGAUCAAGUCCAUAUUUGUUUUCUGCAGCUCAAUAUAUAUACAUAUAUUUCCCUCCUGAUCGAGUCCUGAAUCCAGUUGACAAGUCUUGAAUUUAUCAUAUAGUACGCAAAAUGUUGGGUUUGUGCAUUGUAGCAUUAGUUGCUGUAGGCAUUACACACUGGGUGUAUAGGUGGAGAAAUCCCAGAUGCAAUGGCAAACUUCCACCAGGUUCAAUGGGUUUGCCACUGAUAGGCGAGACCAUACAGUUCCUCACUUCAAGCACCUCCUUCGAUAUUCCUCCCUUCAUUAAGACAAGGAUGGAAAGGUAUGGACCAAUAUUCAAGAGCCAAUUGAUGGGAGCACCUUUCAUAGUAUCGACAGAUCCCGAACUGAAUAUGUAUGUCUUCCAACAAGACGAUAAAUUGUUUGAAAGCGGGUAUCCAGAUUCUGUCAAAAAGAUUUUUGGUGAAAAACAGUUGGGAAACAUUCAUGUGUCGGUUUACAAAUACCUCAAGAGCAUGAUGCUUAACCUCAUUGGCCCUGAAAGCCUCAAAAAUAUGCUCCCUGAAAUCGAGCAAUCGACUCGCACAAGAUUAGAGCAAUGGUCGUGUCAAGACACUACAGAAUUGAAAGAAGCAACUUCAGAAAUGGUAUUUGCACUCACUGCAAAGAUACUCAUAAGUUAUGAUUCAAGUAAGUCCUCAGACAACUUAAGGACAAGCUUCGAUGCAUUCGCUCGGGGAAUGUUCUCCCUCCCAUUGCCGAUCCCCGGAACAGCUUUUCACAAAUGUUUACAGGGUAGGAAAAGGGUAAUGAGAACACUAAAAUACAUGCUACAGGAAAGGCGUGCAAUGUCCCGAGAGCAACCUAUCGAUUUUUUUGAUCACGUGCUUGAAGAACUUAAGAAAGAAGGAACAGUCUUAACGGAGGAAAUUUCUUUUGACUUAAUGUUUUUGCUACUCUUUGCGAGCUUUGAUACAACUUCCACAGCUAUGACCCUACUCGUCAAGUUUGUUUCAGACCAUCCUCUGGUGCUAAAGCAAUUGCUGCAAGAACAUGAGAUGAUUGUAAAGCAAAGGGAGAAUGCUAAUUCAGGGCUUACAUGGGAAGAAUACAAGUCCAUGACAUUCACAUUGCAGGUCAUCAAUGAAACGGUUAGACUGACAAAUCAUGUUCCAGGAAUGUUUCGCAAGGCAAUAAAAGAAGUACAAUUCAAAGGAUAUACAAUUCCAGAAGGCUGGUCAGUUAUGGUUUGUCCCCAAGUCCAACACUUGAACCCAGAAAAAUAUGAAGAUCCUAUGGCCUUCAAUCCAUGGAGAUGGGAGGGAAAGGAGAGUGGUGCAUCGAAAGAUUUCAUGGCUUUUGGUGGUGGCUUGAGAUCCUGCGUAGGAGCAGCGUUUGGCAAGGUGCAGAUGGCUGUAUUUCUUCAUUGCUUCGUUACAAAGUACAGGUGGGAGGUAAUCAAAGGAGGAAAUAUAUUCCGAAAUCCUUGGAUACAAUUUCCAGGGGGUUUUCACAUUCGGCUACUGAAGAAAGACACAAGUAACAGUAGACAGCAUAUAAGUCCAGAUACUUGAUCCGGACAUGUUAUCAUGGGUUGCACAGCAUGUACUACUAGACCCACCCCCUGCUCAGUGGGGGAGCUGUCUCUGGAGCUCAGCAGUACGUCGGAGUACAGAUAGGAGUACUAGAGCUAAAUAUUUUAUUGUUGAAUUCCUAAGUUUGAAAGUUCAAACAAGUAUGUUGGCAACAGUACUAUGCAACUUAAAUACUUGAGUGACACAAUGAUAAUGUUUAUGCUUAGCAUGAAAUAGUUUAUUUGAAUUUUGAAAUAAAUGAUACUACUAAUCCACGACUUA